AUGCCAGGACCACUGAAGAAAGACACGGCCGCCGCUGCGGCCAGCCUGGCGCAGACGGCAGCCCGGGCGUUCCAGCCGCGGCAGGAGUUCCCCGACUACCGGGUCGUGCUUGCGCAGCUCAAGGGCCACCAGACCAAGGCGCUCCACCGCAUGGCGCAGCUGGCGCCGCAGAUCAACCUCGUGGUGGAGCUGCGGGACGCCCGGGCGCCGCUCGCCACGGCCAACGUGCUGCUCGACAAGGUCUUCAAGGGCAAGGACAAGCUCAUCGUGUACACGAAGAAGGACAUGAGUCCCGUGAGCAGCCAGCUGCUGCAGCGCUGGCACGCCCCGCGUAACGAGAAGUGGCUCGCCAUCGACUCCCGCAAGAACAGGGACGUUGCCCUCGUGCUCCGGGCGCUGCGCGAGAAGCACCGCUCGAUGCUGCCGCCGCCGCCGUUGGGGCUCCGGCUCAUGGUCGCCGGCAUGCCCAACGUCGGCAAGUCCACGCUCGUGAACGAGCUCCGCCGCCACGGACUCGCCGCCGGAGGCGGCGGCGGCGCCGCCGGAGGCGAUGAGCGCCGCUUCCGCAAGGUCGCCCGCACGGGGAACAUGGCCGGCGUCACCCGCAACACCUCGGAGAUCAUCCGCAUCUCCGCGGAGCCGGAGAUGCUCCUCUACGACACCCCCGGCGUGCUGCUUCCCCAGGUCGACAGCGUCCGCACCAUGCUUGCCCUCUACCUUGCCGGCACCGUCUCCGCCUCCUCCUCCUCCGACGGCGGCAUCGACCCCGUCAUCGCCACCGACUACCUCCUCUACAUGAUGAACCUCGCCGACCCCUCCGGCGCCGGCUACCGGCGCUACCUGCCGCACCCGACCAACGACGUCUACGAGCUCCUCGACGGCGUCGGCCGCCUCACAGGCAACCGCAACCGCCGCAAGAUCGACGGCGGCAAGCUCCGUACCAACUACGUGGGCUGCGCCCUCGAGCUCGUCAAGGAGUUCCAGCAGGGGCGGCUCGGCCGCUGGUGUCUAGACGAGGCUGUCGUGCGCCAGCUGAGCCCGGACGCCUUCAGCGAGCAGGCUGCCGCCGAGCGCCGACGCGUCGACUCGCAUCCCUCGCGGCUCGGCAAAACCCUCGACCCGGACGCCGCCGCCACCGCCACCGACGCGUCGGCGGCUGCUGCCAAGACCACCAAGGCCGCGCGCCGCCGCGAGAGGCUCGUCAAACAGAGCAACCAGCUUUUCACCGUGUGA